CUUGAAACCUAUGGAAGCCGCAUCCCAUUGUGGUGACGCGUGGGGUUGUGUUAAAUUGUUACCGAGCAGGAGAAUGCCCGUACCCUGAGAGUGGAAGGGAGACAGAAGGUGGGGGCAGUGUCUCAUAUGCAGCUUUGUCUGAGAUUUCAGCGCACUCUCUGUGAGACUCUGUAUGAGGGUGAGGAUGAAUGCCCUGGAACUACUGAGGGAGACAAAGCACCUGGUGGCCACUUGAUUUCCCCUUAGAAUCCGAGCGCGGGGCUAGAAUGCUGCGUUAGCCUUAAGUGCCCUGUGCUGUGCCACGUGUGUGCUGCCGCCGCUGUUUUGUGUCUUUGGCCAAGUUUGAAAGAGCGAGCAAAGUGUGCGCUGCAGACACAGGAGGGGCGCAGAGUAGGGAGGUCCCAGACUAGCAGUGAGGAGACUAGCAGUGUCUGUGAUGAAGAUGAGGGGCUGCGCGCAGUAAGAGCGCCACAAGACGCACUCGCUACUGUCUGGGUCGCCUCGCACUGUCUCUCUUCUCUCUAGCGAGUCUCCUCGGCAAUGACAGCUGUCGCUUACAGUGACUUGGUUGCCGCUCAGUGUCUGGUGUCUAUCUCUAAUCGCUCCACGGUGCCGCCGCGACAGCAGGAAGUGGAGCAGCCCCUGUACUCGGCACUGGACAGCCGCCCUACACCUGCAGACUGCACAGCGCUACACCUGAGGAACAUGCCUGAACAAGAGCCUCUGCACCUGCGCAACGCGCCCGACCCGGGGCCCAACAAGGAACAUCACGACGGGCCGGGGGAAGCGUGGAAGGACUAUUGUACUCUGCUAACUAUAGCCAAGAGCUUGCUGGAGUUAAACAAGUACCGGCCCUUGCCUUCCCCUGCCUACAGUCACAGUGACGAGGAAUUGAGCUCGGACAGCGAUGUCACCACAGAGUCCGGCCUCAGCUUCAGCCCCUCACACAGCCCGGGCAGCUGCAGUAGCAGCACUACUCCCAGCCAUAUGGACUACAGCCCCGAACCCGGCUCCACGGAACCACUCCCACUCACCCAGGACGCGCCCAAAUCCCCGACACGCCCACUCAGCCAGGACACCGCCCCAGUCAGGUCAACCAAUGAAAAGAGGCACAGGUGUCCUUUUACUGGGUGUGGCAAAGUUUAUGGGAAGUCUUCCCAUCUCAAAGCCCACUACAGAGUCCAUACAGGUGAACGCCCUUUCCCGUGUACGUGGCCUGACUGCCUUAAGAAGUUUUCUCGUUCCGAUGAGUUAACUCGCCACUACAGAACCCAUACGGGUGAGAAGCAGUUCCGAUGUCCACUCUGUGAGAAGAGGUUCAUGAGGAGUGAUCACUUGACCAAACAUGCACGUCGCCAUACCGACUUCCAUCCUAGCAUGAUCAAAAGGUCCAAAAGGUCCAAUUCAUCAUUCACCUGAAUAUGGAGUGUAUACUGGCAAAAGCUGUUCAAAAAGAAAAAGCUCAGCAGCUGUACAUAUCACCUUUUUGCAUCUUUUCAGAGGAAAUGUAGCAGUUCAAUGUUCAUGCUUCUACAGCGGUGUAAUUCAUGGAAACUGCUGUGAAAUUUUUGGUGGCACACAACAUUAGAUAUCUUUUUGUAGUGGUGUGAUUUGACCCAUCACAGUUUUGACUGUAAGAUCUUCUGUGCUUGCUCUGGCAUGAAUAAGUGUUAAUAAAAUAGAAAUCACAGUG